AUGUAGAAGGAUCGUUUGUUAGAAAAAUAAGGAGCUUUAGAUGCAUUAAAUAACGCAAAAUUUGGAUGGUUCCAUAUAAAAGCAUGUUUGGUUUCUGGAAUAGGAUUUUUUACAGAUGCUUAUGAUUUAUUCAUAAUACAAUUAGCUGUAAUAAUGAUAGGAAUGGUUUAUUAUCAUGAAGAAAUACGAGAUGGAGAUACUAUAAUAAAAAAAGCUGAUAAGUUAUAUCCUGUAUCUGAAACUCUAUUGAAGUAAUCUGCAUUGAUUGGAACUUUGAUUGGAUAGUUAUUAUUUGGAUAUUUAGCAGAUAUAUUAGGAAGAAAGAAAAUGUAUGGAACAGAAUUGUUAAUUAUAGUUUUUACAACAAUUACUUCUGCAUUUGCAUCAAACACUGCUUCACCUAAUGGAUUGACUGUAGUAGGAAUGCUUAUUAUUUGGAGAUUUUUCUUAGGUAUAGGUAUUGGAGGAGACUACCCAUUAUCUGCAAUAAUAACAUCUGAAUUUGCAAAUACUAAAAAUAGAGGAGCAAUGAUUGCAGCUGUAUUUGCAAUGUAAGGUUUUGGUAUUUUGACAGGGAGUAUAGUUUCCUUAAUAGUACUAUUAUCAUUUAGCAGUAAAUUAAAUAAUGGAGAUCCAUUAAAUUAUCUUUAGAUUGAUAAUAUUUGGAGGAUAAUAAUAGGAUUUGGUGCAAUUCCAGGUUUAGUUGCAAUAUAUUUUCGUAUGACUAUUCCUGAAACUCCAAGAUUUACUAUGGAAAUAAAAGGAGAUGUAGAAAAAGGAGCUAGAAAUAUUGAAUAAGUUUUGAAGUAAGAUGAUACAGUAUAUGUUGAUUCAAAUUAAGAUGAAAAAAAAUAAAAAGAAUAGAAGCCAACAUUUAGAGAAUUAAAAUAUUAUCUAACAAAAUGGGAUCAUGGAAAAGUGUUAUUAGGAACUGCUAUGGCUUGGUUUGCUUUGGAUGUUGGAUUUUAUGGAAUAAAUUUAAAUUAAUCAACAAUUUUAAAAUAGAUAGGAUUUGGAGGAGGAUCCAAUUUAAGUUAAUAUGAGAUUUUGAAAUAGGCAAUUUAUGGAAAUUUGAUUACUUCAGCUUUAGGAACAGUUCCUGGAUAUUGGUUGACUGUUCUUUUUGUUGAUAAAUGGGGAAGAAAGACUAUAUAAAUAAUGGGAUUUGUAGCAUUAACAAUUUUAUUUUUAUUAAUGGGUUUAUGUAAAGAUAUAUUAGGUUAAUUUUUAUUUAUUACUCUAUAUACAUUAGCAAAUCUUUUCAAUAAUUUUGGUCCAAAUGCUACUACAUUUAUUAUACCAGGAGAAGUAUUUCCAACUAGAUAUCGUUCUACUUGUCAUGGAAUAUCAGCUGCUGCUGGUAAAUUAGGAGCAAUUAUCUCUUAAGUUUGGUUUUUGGGAUUAGGAGCAGAAAAUUUUAAAGCUAUUAUGUUAACAUUUGCUUUUUUUAUGUUGAUUGGUUUGGGAUUUACAUUUCUAAUUCCAGAAACAAAAGGAAAGAGUUUGGAAGAAAUAUGUUAAGGAUAGGAAUAAAGUAUUGAAAUGUGUAUUUACUUAUCCAACUAUAGUUAAAUUAUACCACGUUGA